AUGGGUACUCGUUCGAGCAACAAUGCCAACAAGCGUAGAGACGCUAACCCACCAGUUGAGGCACAAGCUGCUGCUGCUACUGGUGCUGAGAUUAGAGGAAAAGGGUAUAUGGGCACCCUGCCCAAAUGUGAUGUGUGUCAGUUUCAUUACGCUGGACGAUGCAGAGCUGGAAAGUGUGAAACGUGCGGAAAAGUUGGCCAUGCCAAGGAGACAUGUUGGUAUGGUGCCGGUCGUGGGAAUGGUGGUCAAAGAGGAAAUGGUAAUGGCAAUGGAAACCAUGGUGGAAACGGUUAUGGGAAUAGAAACCAAGGUGGAAACUAUAAUCAGGGAGGUAAUGGAAAUCGUGGUGGUUCUGGAAAUCAAGCUGGUAAUGGAAACCGCGGAGCAAACAGCAACCAGGGCAGAAAUGGAAAUGGAAAUGGUCGUGGCCAAGGUUGCUUUAGCUGUGGUGAUGUAGGGCAUUUCAAGCGAGAUUGCCCAAAGAACAAUCAAGCCCAAGGAAGGGUUUUCAACAUUGGAGCUAGGGAAGCUCGUCAGGAUCCGAACGUAGUCACUGAGUUUAAGAAUAUACUUGGGUUAGUUGCCAGUAAGUUAGAUAUCCCGUAUUCAGUAGAACUAGCUAAUGGAAAGCUAGUAGAAGCAAACAAAGUGAUUAGAGGCUGUGUAAUAGUGCUUGGAGAGCGUAAGUUUAUGCUUGAUCUUCUGCCAUUCGAAUUGGGAAGUUUCGAUGUAGUAGUUGGAAUGGAUUGGUUGUCAAGUAACCGAGCUGAGAUCGUAUGCCAUGAGAAGAUUAUCCGCAUCCCGAUGACGAAUGAAGAGACGACUGUGAUUCAUGGGGAGAAGCAUGAUACGCCUCUAAGGAUUAUCAGUUGUUUGAAAACCUGA